UUCUCUUAUAACAAAGAUAUGAUCUUGACAUCUUUUAUUACAAAUAUAUGAUCCCUGUUAGAAUGAAAUCAGUUGUUACAAAUUUAUAUAGAUCUUGACAUCUUCCACAACUGUCUUUGCCACCCGCCAUGGUCAUCGUCAACUAUAAAAGUUUUGUCUUUCAACACUUGUGUCUGAGUACCUUAGUACUACUCUCCUAAUUUCAGUUCUCUGUCGUGCCUCUUUCGCUACUGUCCAUUAUUUGUUGCCUCUAUUCACCGUCAACCACAGUGUGACCCUUUCCUUUGUUAUCAAGCAUCCUUUUCCUCCGGUGACCACCGCGAUCAAGAUCGACUUCCUCUGGCAACCAUUGCACUUUAUUCACCGCUCCAACCCAGCUGACCGUGCUCCAACCCGACCGAUCGUGCUCCAACCUGGCCAACCGUGCUCCAAUCGACCGACCGUGCUCCAACCUGGCAGACUGUGCUUUAACUCAGCAGACUGUGCUUUAACUUGGCAGACUAUGCUUCAACCUGUCUACCUCAUACCCCGGCAGUGCUUUUUAUCCCAUUUUUUGUACUUUUUUCCAUGGCUUCAGCUACUGUUCCUAUUGAUUUUGUCAACUCUAAUAAUCAAUUAGCUUACAUGCUCACCAAGUCCCUUAUAGGCCCUCGGAUUGAGUACUGUUAGAUGUUAAGAUGUGUGUUUCUGUUAUUUGGGCUUAGUCUAUUCUGUAUUAAGGGCAUUGGCCCAUAUCUUACAAUAUAAAUAAACUACCCUAUGUGUAUGCUAAACACACAAGGGAUAUUUUCUCCCAAUCUUCUCUAUUUCUCAUAUGGUAUCUAGAGCACAGGAAUAGUUCCAGUCAACUCCACGAUCUCCGGCACCCAUCACUGCCGCUGUUAUCGACGCCGCCAUCGCCGCCGCCGCCGGAGUUCCAGAAUCGACCAGCGGCCACACCAUCGGAAUCGUAUCGGCCGGGCGACCACCGUGGUACGAAGAUCGCGGCGAACGAACCACCCACGCGCCUCCACGCGCCGCCGCAAGAGUCGUCGCUGCCGCCGCGCGUGCCGGCGCGUCGCCGAAGCUUUCUGCCGCCGAUCAGCACCGCCGUGAUCGCCUCCUCGCCCUCUUUCUGGAUCUGUGGUCGUUGCGUCAAUCGGAGCACUUUGAAUUUUUAGGGUUUCUCCCUCUCUAUGGCGUCUUCCUCGUCUACAAACACCUCUAUUGGUGGCUCAUCUUCUGAUCCCUCAAUAUAUACCAAUUAUGUGAAUGUACACUUGUCCAUUGACAAGUUAGAUGGCACAAAUUAUGCAACAUGGGCAUCCGACAUCAAACUUUGGUUGAAGAGUCAGGGGUACUUAGAUCAUCUUACUCAAAAUGUGACUACUGCUCCCAUAGAUGACACUUCCCGCUGGAUGAAAAUUGAUGCUCAGUUAUGCAUUGUUAUAAAGUCCAUCAUUCACUCCUCACUGAAACAAAUGUUUCGAUCCUAUGAAACAUGUUCAGAAGUAUGGGCACAAGCGAAGUUGUUAUAUACAAAUGACACUCAGCGUCUUUAUGGUGUUUGUCAGGACCUAUUAAUUGUUAUUGGUCCGCGCAAUCCUGGUCCCAUGGCAGAAUAUUUGGGUAAAAUUCAUGCCCUUCUUCAUGACUUUAAUGAUAUAUUACCUCCUGCUUCCGCUCCUGCUGAAGAAUUGGAAUAACGAUCAAAGUUCUUCAUGUUGUUGGCAUUAUACGGACUCUCUGAUGAUGUUUCUCAUGUCCGUGAUCAGAUUUUGGGUUCUCCUGUCAUACCCAACUUUACUUCUACUUGUUUUGCUCUUUUGCGUAUACCGAGCAAACCCGUCACUGAGACAUCUCCUCAUACUGAUGAUUCCUCUGUUAUGGCUGCUCAACGUGAUGAUCGAAGUCGGUCUCGCAAGCCAAGUAAAGGACGUCCAAAAUGUGACCAUUGUGGCAAGUUAGGCCACAAGAUUGAUAGAUGUUAUGCUCUCCAUGGACGUCCUCCUCGACCUGUAGCAAUGGCAAAUUCUGAUCCACCUCCCCGAUCACCGUCUGCAGACCAUCCUACUUCAUCUAAUACCGUAGACAAACCUGCAAUCUUUAACGAAUUUCUCAGAUGGUAUGAGGAUCAUCAGCACUCUGGUUCCACUACAUCUGCAUCUGUUGCACGUACAGGACCGGAGUUCGAAACACAUGAUUGGCACAGGAUGUGAGUCUCAUGGCCUUUAUCAUCUCCGCCCUUCUCCACAUGUUGGCGUAGUCAUGGAGUCACCAUCCCUUCUUCAUGCUCAGUUCGGUCAUCCUAGUCUUGCCAAACUACAACAACUUGUCCCGAGGUUGUCCACAUUAUCAAGUUUGUCGUGUGCGUCUUGUUAGUUAGGAAAGCAUACUCGUAGUUCCUUUCCUCGUAGUGUCUCACAACGGGCGUCGUCCCCCUUUUCAUUGGUUCAUUCUGACAUUUAGGGACCUAGUCGUGUUAAGUCUAUUUUAGGUUUUCAGUAUUUUGUUACCUUUAUUGAUGACUAUUCCAGAUGUACUUGGUUGUUUUUAAUGAAGAAUCGUUCGGAGUUGUUUUCUAUUUUCCAAUCUUUUUUCAAUGAAAUAAAAACACAAUUUGGGGUUUCUAUUCGAAAUUUACGUAGUGAUAAUGGCCGUGAAUACCUUUCUCAACCGUUUAAACAGUUUAUGGCUUCUCAUGGCAUUCUUCACCAAACCUCAUGUGCUUAUACCCCUCAACAAAAUGGGGUGGCUGAGCGCAAGAAUAGACACCUUAUUAAAACAACUCGUACACUUCUGAUUCAUGGUCAAGUACCCUCACGUUUUUGGGGUGAUGCAGUUCUCACAGCAUGUUAUCUUAUCAACCGCAUGCCAUCUUCCGUCCUAGAUAACAAAAUCCCUCAUUCUAUCUUAUUUCCUCAAGACCCUCUGCAUCCAUUACCUCUUCGAGUUUUUGGGUCUACAUGUUUUGUUCAUGAUUUUAGUCCUGGUCUUGAUAAGUUAUCUCCUAGGUCUCACAAAUGUGUCUUCUUAGGAUUUCCACUGUCACAAAAGGGCUAUAAGUUUUUUUCCCUUCCCUCAAUCGUCAUUUUAUCUCUGCUGAUGUCACUUUUGAUGAGUCUUCUUUUUACUUUUCACAUCUAUCUUCUAGUUCUGUACCUCUCCCUGUUACUGUUGAUAUCCCUCUUAUCUGUGAUCCUCCUGGUGAUGCUCCACCCCUUUUGUCUUCUCCUUCUUUAGACUCUCAUUCACCACAGGAUCAUCCUUCACCUCCACCCCUUCAGGUUUAUAGUCGCCGUAAUUGUCUCCCUCAUGACUCACUUCCGGUGCCGCCUCAUGUGUCUCCUCCGGCUCCAGUAACUGAGUCUGACUUGCCUAUUGCCCUCCGUAAAGGUAUACGCUCUACCCGUAACCCUUCCCCCCAUUAUACUGUUCUUAAUUACCACAGAUUAUCUCCAUCUUUUUAUACUUGUCUCUCAUCCAUUUCUUCUGUGUCAAUUCCCAAAUCUGUGGGUGAUGCC